UUUGCAUCAUCAUGUCGAGUCAAAGCGAGCCCACCGGCCCGCCAGACAAUCUACUGCAAACACCACACCAGGAACAUGGCUUAUCGAGAUGCCGACAGUUGUCGCCUGGCCAUGCACGUAAACUGGGGUUGACGAGGAAAACGAGAGUGAGGAGGGACUUCAAGGAGGAUGAAGACCCAGAGGAGAAGGCCAAAAGACACAAGGAGCUGGAGCUGAAGCCUCUGUAUCAAGAGCUGCUGUACACCAUCGCUCAUAAGAUGGGUCAACCGUCCUCAAGCGAGGUCUUCGCGGAUCGCCAGCUCCACCAGUACAUCCAGGAGACCUUCACCAUGACGGAGUCAGAGCACAGCGGCCUGACGGAGAGAGUGCAGAGCACCGAGCCUCCAGUGUACUGCCUCAUGGCCACCGUGAAGGAAGCCAAGGAGAUCCUGGGAAAAGACAUCAGUGGUUUUAGUGACCCUUACUGCCUGCUGACCAUCAUGGAGGAUGAGAAGGAGAGUCAAACCCGCCGCUCCAGAGCCAAACCCUCUAAAUCUAUUGUGAAGGAGGCCGUGUCCAAUGACAAGAUCUUCCAGUCGGACAUAAAGAAGAAGACUCUGAACCCCGUCUGGAACCAAACCUUCGUACUAGAGUUCGAAGACAUCGCCGGGGCCAGUUUCCAUCUUGAGAUGUGGGAUAAAGACGAAGAGGUUUCACUCACUCAGAAACUGGAGGAGUUCAAAUCAAACUUUAGUAGUUUGAAAAGGAUGAUCAAGGAGGCCAAAAAGGAGAAAGGCACAGAUGACUUUUUGGGAAAGGUGGUCAUUAAACUCAAGGAUCUCCACUGCACCGAAGACAACUGGUACAAUCUGGAGCCCAGAACGGAGACGUACCCCGACCGCGGCCAGUGCCACCUGAAGCUCAAGUUCAUCCACAAAGCGAGAGACAUGACGCUGAGCGCCGGUCGCAGUGCUUACAUCAACUACUGUGGGAUUCUGCAGCAGUUCGUCCAGGCGUACAUCUCCAAGCAACAGAGCGCCGCUCCGUGGAAAGGGGCGCUGUGUGGCGAGGCUCAGACGCUGCUGGAGCUCUACGCCACGCAGAAUGACCUCUCACCUUUCCUCCAGGACCUGGCGAAGUGGGUGGCGUUCAGUAAGCUGUACCAGAGCCUGGAAGUGGACUCGUCGGUGCUGUUCCAGCAGCUGACCAGCGUGGAGUACCACUGGCACCAGCAGCAGCUGCCACACCAGCAGAAACAGGAACUGGGCGACUCGCUCCACGGCUUCCUGCAGUACGGCCUGUGUCUGGUGGCCAAGUACAGAGACGUCUUCCCCCCGACCGCCAGCGCCACGCCCAAACUGCACACGCUGCUCAGGAUCCUGGUCCAGAUCUGCAAGACUCAGGCGUUUCAGAAACUGAACCCGGCUCAGUUUGAGUUACACGACGAGGUCAGCGACGCCAUACAGACAGGAACUCAGGACUGGUUCAGCAUCAAGAAGGGUUUGCACCAGCCGAUGACCAAGGACCCGUCAGAGAUGGUGAGCGCCCUCUCCAGGUUGAUUGGGGAGGUGCAGGAAGACAUCAAACACAACAAGGUGGCCUGGAAUCGAGUGUUCGUCAGCGCCGUGCAGGUGGACGUGUUCACCGUCGUGUACCAGCAGUUGGACUCUCUGAUCGCAAAAGAAGUGAGGGAGAACUUGUCCCGCAUCGAGGGCCGGAUGGAGCAGGCUCUGGCCAACAGCCUGUUCCCCGUGUACCUGAGCCUGCAGAGCAUCCACAAAGACAAGGCCUUCCUCCAGAAGAGGGGGUCUCUUGAGUUGACCAACUUCCAGGAGGGCUUCAGGGAGGCUCUCCCCUACUGGCUGAACCAGGCGUUCAGCACCACUCAGGACCGGGUGGAGAGGGCUGUGCAGGUGGACCAGCUCCAGCCCCUGCAGUCCGGCGCCGUGCCCAUAAAGCACAGCUCCUCGGCGGUGGACCUGGUGGCGUGCGUCCAGCCCAUCUGCGAGCUGUGGGAGCAGCUGUGCUGGCCGGACCCCGAAGAGGCCUUCAUGCUCAUGGUCAAAAUCACCGAGGAUGUGUGCAAGAUUGUGGUGAACUACUGUCACACCCUGAAGGAGAGGGUCCGGGUGCUGUCCCAGAACUCCGACCACGGCCGGGCCAUCAACAUGUUGUGCGUGGUGGUGAACGACCUGGAGCACCUGCGGUUGAUGCUGACCCGGCUUCCCGCGCAGCUGAACUGGGCGGGGCUCCGGCAUCGGACCCAGACCGUGAUCGGGGAGAGCCAGUUCCACAACACGCUGCCCUCGCAGCUGCAGCAGGUCCAGGGCGUCCUCGGGCGGGAGAUCCGCUCCGCUCUGGACACGCUCGGGAAGAAGUUGAACACAGACAUCGAGACCCAUGUCCGGAACAUGUCCACCAGGCGCAGGAUUCCCUCCAAGUCCAGCGAGGACGCCGCAGACCCUCUGAUGCGCUACCUGGAGCAGGAGCUGCAGUACAUGAACGAGAACCUGGUCCAAGAGAACUUCAACAGUCUCCUGACUCCUCUGUGGAAUAACUCCGUGAAGAUCCUCCACCAGGUGGCUACUCAGCAUCCGCAGCAGGAAGGCCUGAUGGUGUUCUGCCAGAGGCUUCUGUACACGCUGCAGUGCCUGGAGCAGUGCUUCCUCGCCGAGGGAAACGGGCUCCCGUCCAACACGCUCCACUCCGAUGAGUACAAGGCUCUCAAAGCCUACCUAACUCACAACUCUCUGAGCAGCUGGCAGCUCGUGGAGAAGUUCCUCGAGAGGAAAAUAUGGGAGCAGAACGUGAACAGCUCGGAGAGGUACGGCGCCGUCACCCUGUUGGCGUCCUACAGCAGGUCAGACCAAAGGCUCAGAGUUGAGGUGUUGAACGCCGUCAACCUGUUACCGAUGGACUUCAACGGUCUCAGCGACCCCUUCGUGCAGCUGUGUCUGGAGCCCCAGCACACCUUCCCCGAGCUGGAGCCUCGCUGCACGCGCAUCUGGAGCCGCGAUCUCAACCCGCUGUUUGAGGAGGCCUUCGAAUUCCUGGUGUCCCUGGGUCAGUGCCAGGCUCCGGGCGCUUGCCUUGUGCUGACGGUCAUGGACCACGACAUCUUGAUGACGGAUGACUUUGAAGGCGAGGCCUUCCUGGCCCUCAAGGCCAUACCAGGAGUCGCCGGGGAACUCAAGGGAGACGGACUCAGCUCACAGCCGGAGGCCGUCCCUGCUCAGAUCCGACUGCCUCUCAUGCAUCCUAAACCUAAUGAAGACACCAUUCUGACCUUACUGGAGUCCAGGAAAGGAGAGCGAGGCGCUCAGGCCUACGUGAAGAAGAGGAGACAGAGGGAGAAACAGUCCAAGGAGGGGAGUCAACCCUAACCAACACACGGACAACGCCUUCCUUCCAAAAAUAUACAAUUUAUUCUUUAAUGAUCUGUACCAAAAACAAAGAAAUACCCACUCAGAAAGAAACACUGGUGUCGGAUGAGUUGUGUGUGUGUGUGUGUGUGUGUGUGUGGACAGUACUGAGCAUGGGUUCACCAAAGACCAUCACAGUGAUCAUGAACACUUUCACACCUGCAUUUAAACCUCUGCUUCAUGGCACUUGGUCUAAGUGCAAGAGAUAAGUCUGGCAUAUAUAUAUAUAUAUAUAUAUAUUAACAUAUAUACAUAUAUUAAUAUAUAUAAAUAUAUAUUAAUGACUACAUUUGACACACUGAGAAAUGUCAACGAUAACCACAAAUGUUUAAAAAAUGUGACAGAAAAUAAGUUUUAACAAAGGUUUGAAUGUCUGAGUUGACAUAAAAAAACUUUCAAAAGAAAGAAAAAAUAUAAUUUCAAAGACUAGGGGAGUCACAAGUUGACUGAAUACAUUUGUUUUGAUUGUAUUAACAUGCUUUCCUCUUCCAGUUGAGGUCGGGGAAUAUGAGAGAAAACCUGAGAGUUUUAAAAGAGGCCAUCUGUUGUACAUUUAAACAAACAUUACUACAUUGUUUAAUAUGUCAUUCAACAGCAUUUGACCAUUUUCAAAUGAUUUUUGCUAGAAAGAUAAUUUUGGAAUAAUAAAAAAAAUGAAAAAUGAAAUUAGGAUUAUAACCCAGGAGAGCGCCUCCAGCAGACUGGCAUGGCUGCAGCAAUAUAGGAUCAUUGUCUGGAUGAAGCUGAAUAUGCAUAUCAGACUAAACUUGCCUCUUUUCAGAAAAAUCAUGA